AUGGCAACCAACGAUGCCAUAUCCCCCACCGAAGCACGGCAGCUUGUCGAAAGUAUCGCUCUCGGUUAUGGGUGGAUCAGCCAGACAGUCCGGGAUGCGACUCAUCCAGACGCUCUCAAAGCGAUUUAUAUACUCCAAGAAAACCUCGGAAUUUCGGUCAGGACACUAGCCAAAAAUCUCUACAAAAGCAAGGCUCGAUUCGUUUUUGAAUUGAUCCAAAAUGCCGAAGAUAACGCUUACAAGAGAGCUAUGUCAACGGGCGUAGUGCCUUACAUCAACUUCACCGUCCAUCCCAACAAAAUCGUUAUUGACUCAAAUGAGGAUGGAUUUACCACUGCAAACGUGCAAGCAAUAUGCAAAAUUGGGCAGAGCACCAAGAAAAGAGAGGGCGCUCAGCAAUUCAUUGGUGAAAAGGGCAUUGGAUUCAAGUCCGUCUUCAUGGUGGCAUCGAAAGUUCAUAUCCAAUCAGGUCCCUUUUCAUUUUCCUUCGAAGAUUCACUAGGAGAACUUGAUGCACCACCCGAUAUUGACGUCGCAGAUGCAUCUUCUGAGCAGCUGGCUGCUCGUAGGAUGGGUUUGGUGACUCCAGUUUGGGAGCCUGCGGAGGAAGCCUUACCAGACCCCCUAACCCGCAUAACACUGUCUCUCCGGAAGAAAUUGAACUAUCCCGAACUACUCGCGCAAUUCGAUGCUCUCCCUGAUACCUUUCUCCUCUUUUUGAAUCAGCUUGGUGCCAUCACGAUUACAAGAAUCGACGGAAAGACUACGGAAUCUACCACAUUCUCAAGAAAACUAGACGAAUCCUCCAGACAAGCGACUUUAAGCAAGGCCCAGCGUAUAGGUUCCAAGGUCCUACAACCUUCUUUGAAGCACUACCAUAUUACGCGGAGGACGCUGACAAAUCUGUCACCCGACGAACGACGAGACCACAACUCUGCUGAAGUAGUGCUUGCAUUUCCCCUCAAGGACGAGGAACCUAUCAUUGCUGACCAGGAGACUUAUGCGUACCUGCCUAUGGGGAAUUUCGGAUUCUCUUUCCUUAUUCAAUCCGACUUCAUUACGGAGGGUAGUAGGGAGGGUGUGAUGGAGGAUAAGCGCCGAAACAAUGAUAUACUUGAUGGCAUAGCUGAAACGUUCCUGGACGCCGUGCUCCAAUUCUGCAAGCAUCCUACACUUCAGUACAAGUGGCCGCGAUACAUUCCACAGACAAUACCAAGCCCUUUCUGGAGACGCAUCAAAGAAAAAAUCCACCUACUUCUCAAGGAGCGCGCAGUCUUGCGCGGACGGAGCCAGGGCCCUCUUCGGCUUAUCCGUCAGUUGAAGUUAAUCGCGAAAGAUUUCAAAGAUGAAUUCGGUGAUCCCCUUGUUGCUGACUUGGACGAGGAAAUGUAUCUGUCAGCCAAAUACCAAGAGGAAGACCUAGCGGCUCUCGAUAAACUAGGUCUAGAAACCCUUGACUUCGGUGAUAUAUUAGCGCGCUUCAAAUGCGAUUUGGGCAGAGGAAUUGACGGGUCUAAGUUCAAAUCCAACAGGACAACUGAUGAUUGGCAUAACAGGACCGCGAAACUUUUACUGCGGCCUUUUGUGGAGAAAUGGAAAUCUUGGAUACCUGACAAGAUCCGCGAACUACCAUGUAUUCCACUGGAAAGUGGAGAGUGGACCGCAAUCACCAACGGCGCGGUAUACUUUCCUCGCACGGAGGGUAUAUUGAUCCCAACUUAUCUUGGAUUAAGGAUUCUUGACGAAAAAUCUUUCAAGGACCCGAUAAGAGAAAAGCUUUUUGUCACCCUAGGGGUUGCCUUUGCCAAGAUCCAAGAUAUCAGAGCACUCGUGCUGAAACGCUAUGACAAGGCAGCGUCUUCCAUCACCUUCGAGACAUCUUUGAAUGAUCUUCAAUUUCUGUAUUCGGCUCAUGCUCCAGGAUCAACUGUUCAGCUCCGCAGAUCGACUUCUCUAUUUGUAUUUAAUCAUCUGGGCCGUCGAAUUCAAGAUGGGGAAGAUUUGUAUUUCCAAAGUGACGAGGAAUAUAGUUUCGGAAAGUUGAUGGGGUCAGUCUUGGAGAAAGAGCCAUAUAACAAUGGCCUUGCUGGCUCAUUCAUUCAUCCGAAUUAUCUCAAGCGAAUCGAGCUUCCUCCUGCGAAAAGAACUGGAUCCCACCCAACAUUGAAGACCUGGUUACAACGCUCCAUUGGUGUAUUGGGCCACCCGCGGCUUGCAGACUCCGAAGAUUCCACGCAACUAUCACCGAUCUUCCAUCAUAUUAUCAAAGAGUGUCCGGAGAAGAUGUUGGGGACACUGAAGGCACAUUGGGCAUCCUACGCAGCCGUGAUGAAUGAUGAUUUGGCAUCAGAAAUAUCUGAGGCUGUGGUACCCAACACGAACAUUGGCUCCGAACCGUUGAGAGAGACAUUCCUCCACUCCGAGACACUGAGAAUCAACUGUGGCAAGUUUGUCGACGUACAGAAAUUUCCUUUCUUGAGACUGGAUAAUGGAACAGAUAUUGAGGGAUGGAAAUUCCUCCAUGCGUUUCACGUUGGAAUUGAGGAUAACCUUGACUUCUGGUUGCAGGUUCUGUAUUACUGCAAAUCUUCGAAAGCGGAAUUUCGAUAUGAGAUAUAUGAAGUCAUUCAAAAAAAGAUCUGGUCGUCCGAUUCCCCGGAGGAGGAUGAACAGAAGGUUUAUAAUUUCGUCUACCACGAGGAGCUCAUACUGGCACCUUCUCGCUUAGAACGCUUACCCUCUUGGACUCAUCAAAUAUCUUGCGUUUGGGACGCACCAGACUACCUGAUUACGAGCAUUCCUCUACUCCCUUACUUGUCACGCUUCAACACCACUGCUCUUACCGCUUUCUUCCAAGAAACUCUCAAUAUUCCGGAUCCUUCUUGGGAACGUCUGACUGAUGAGCUCGAUGAGCGUCGGAUGGAAGAUCUGCACGACAUGCAGAUUGACCAAGAUAUCUAUCUUCGCCUUCAGAGAAUGUCAGCCGAUAUUGAUUCGGAAGAGUUGGAAUCUCUCCGGGCCGAUUUCGAGAAACGUGCGCUCAUCUACGACAUGCAGGGCCAACGUUGGACUUCUCCAUCAGCAUGCUUGUGGUCAAAAGACGCUCAGGUGCCGGGGAAGAGCACAAUCAGCGGCCAGUAUCCAAAUUUGAAGGACUUGUUUGUGGGUGUGCUUAAGGUCAAAAUCCCGGAUUUGCGUUUACUCGUCCAAGAGCUGAAACGAGUCGCACGGUCUUCGCCAUCAAUUGAUGAUAUCAAGAGUCUGAUUUGGCAAAUCAAUGCAUUUGCUCCGACUAUCGAGGAUUUGGCUCCAUUACGCGAGUCUAAGAUCUUUCCUGUAAAACCCUCAAUACGGCCAGUCGAACUACGGACGACACUUGAAAAAUUCUCGAUCAUUGACCGUCAGCCCUGGGCUGAUGCAUUUGAAGGAAAACUGGAUGUUCUCGAUUUCAAUCUCAAGGAAGUCCGGAGUUUAGAACCUUUCUUAUCAUCUAUGCAGGUCGGGGGAUACUUGUCUGAGGUUGUGAUUGAAAAGUCCUCUUUCGAGGGCUCUCUCCCAGAGCCAAACCCUAGGAGAACAAGGGAUUUGCAACGACGUGCUUAUGCACUCUCUCGUUGUGCAACACACUUUGACAGCCCUAGAGCCAAGAACGACAAUCAAGAUCUCUAUCAAUUACUUCUCAAAUCAAAAGUGUACGAAACGGAUGGCAUUACUGGGAGCCUUGAGCACACACUUCUUGGUGUAACCAUUAAAGUCCGCGAAACGAAGCUUCACAUCGAAGAAAGCCCGGAAGGUUUGCAGAUAUACAUUCCGAAAAAUUCGAGGGACCAAGAGAUUUGUUAUCUGCGGCUGCUUCCCACCAAGUUAUUCAACGAGACCAUGAUGGUAGAAGUUGACACCAACUCCACAGCGGCGCUCAAUUCAGGAGCUGUAUCAAUAAUUUCGGCAAUAUUCGCGUCUAGCGAUGAUGUUGUUGAUUUGGUUCUUGAGGAAGCUGGUAUCGUCCCAGUCUCAUAUCCCGAUCAGUACGAGGAAGAGUCUCAACAAUCGCUGGACUACGUAGGCGCAGAUCAAGAGCAGAAUGCAGAAAACGAUAUCGAAACUCUUUCAUCAGAAACGCAGUCAGGAACUACAUCUGAUGGCCUUGAUACCCCCUCCGCUCAGAGUACCCCGCCUUCGAACGCUGCGACUUCUACCUACCGGGCAAGCUAUCAGCCAAAUGUCCCAUCACAGCCGACUCAGCCCAACAAUUCCCCGACAGCUAUUUCUCAGCGCAAUCUUUCGGAUAGGGCACGGCGCCAAUUUACACCCGAAAGCAGCGAUGUGGAAUAUCGAAGAUUGCUGGACAACAUCAUCCGUGCAGCGAGAAAUAAAAGAGGAGCAUUUCCAUCGCGGGGAGCCUUCAAUCUUGACGAACUCCUGAAUGCUUUACCGGUGGAGGCCGCGGAAGAAGUGAACACAUACGAUCUACCUUUCGGAGUCAGGAAUGAAAACCAACUUGCUCAUGACAUGAAGAUUGGAGCUGCGGGUGAACUCUACGCUUUUGAAAUUCUUUCCCGUCUGGAGACUACUCUUCCUAAAUUCGAUCGCGGUAAUUGGAAGAGCACAAUCCGCAAGUUUGUGAAGGUCCAUGAAAAGUACCAGAGCAUGGAGGAAUGGAUAGGGUCCGAAACGGCGGAUAUUACGUACGAAGACAAAAAAGGAGAAUUCACGCAGCUUCUGAUCGCGAACGGCUACUUGGAUGGAAGUAAUUGGGCUGCCGCAAAGCCAAAGUACUUCCUCGAAGUGAAGACGACAACAAAAGAAUGUGCCACCAAGCUCUUUUUGAGUAAGAGUCAAUAUCGAAGAAUGCAACGAAUGAAACUAGGUGCUCGCGCAUCAGAUGAAGUAUAUAUAAUCUUUCGUGUCUUCAAUCUGGAUAAAGAGAAUAUUGAUAUGCGUCUUUACGUGGACCCGGCUGGAAUGGAAGACAGAGAAUUGAAAUUCACACCGGAGUCUUACUCCGUGGUGCCUCUGGCAUCUAGUUGACGUUGAUGGAUACGUGAUAAAACAGUACUCACUAGACCAAUGCAUACAUCGUUUAUGUUUGAAGAUGUUCUUUUUCUUCUCCUUUCUAGCUUGUAUAUAUUGGGGAGAUUGGAGUCCAAGUUUGG